CAUUCCAAAGGGUUCCAGAACAUUCCAGAGAGUUCCAGACUCCUCCUAUGGAUCCCAAACUUUCCAGGGGGAUCGAGAACAUUCCAAAAGGUUCCAAGACCUUCCCAGAGGAUUCCAGAACCUUCCAUGGGAUUCCAGAACUUUCCCACAGAAUUCCAGAACUUUCCAGAGGCGUCCAGAACUUUCCAGAGGAAUUCUAGAACUUUCCAUGGGAUUCCAAGAAUUCCAGAACUUCCCCACAGAAUUCCAGAUUCUUCCAUGGGAUUCCAGAAGCUUCCAGAGGGAUCUAGAACCUUCCAUGGAAUUGCAGAAAUUCCAGAACUUUCCACGGAAUCCCAAAACUUUCCAGAAGCUUCCAGGGCGAUCCAGAAUUUUCCCACGGAAUUCCAGAACUUUCCUUGGGGUUCCAGAACCUUCCAUGGGAUUCUAAGAAUUCCAGAACUUUCCAAGAGAGAUCCAGAACAUUCCCAUGGAAUUCCAGAACCUUCCAUGGGAUUAGAGAACUUUCCAGAGGAAUUCCAGAACUUUCCAUGCGAUUCCAGAACCUUCCAUGGGAUUCUAAGAAUUCCAGAACUUUCCAGAGGGAUUUCCAGAACUUUCCAUGGAACCCCAGGAAUCCCAAAACUUUCCAGAAGUUUCCAGGGGAAACCAGAACUUUUCCACAGAAUUCCAGACCUUUCCUACGGGAUUCCAGAACCUUCCAUGGGAUUCCAAGAAUUCCAGAACCUUCCAUGGGAUUCCAAGAAUUCCAGAAGUUUUCUACAGAAUUCCAGAACUUUCCAGAGAGAUCCAGAACAUUCCCAUGAAAUUCCAGAACUUUCCAUGGGAUUCCAGAUUUUCUCAUGGGAUUCCAGGACCUUUCAUGGCAUUCCAAGAAUUCCAGAACUUUCCAUGGGAUUCCAGAACUUUCCCUUGGGAUUCCAGAUCCUUCCAUGGCAUUCCAAGAAUUCCAGAACUUUCCAUGGGAUUCCAGAACUUUCCAGAGGAAUUUCAGAACCUUCCAUGGGAUUCCAGAUUUUUCUCAUGGGAUUCCAAGAAUUCCAGAACUUUCCAUGGGAUUCCAGGACCUUCCAUGGGAUUUCAAGAAUUCCAGAACCUUCCAUGAAAUUCCAGAACUUUCCAUGGCAUUCCAGAUUUUCUCAUGGGAUUCCAGAACCUUCCAUAGGAUUCCAAGAAUUUCAGAACCUUCCAUGGGAUUCCAGGAAUUCCAGAACUUUUCUCAAGGGAUCCAGAACUUUCCAUGGAAUCCCAGAACUUGAGACAGAAUUCCAGAACUUUUUCCAUGGAAUUCCAGAACUUUCCAGCGGCUUCCAGGCCCCUCCCCCACAAUUCCCUGGGAUAAGGGGGGGAGGGGUCGGGAUUUGGGGGGAGGGGCCCCCCAAGGCAAUAAGGGCCCCCCUGGAUGGGGGGGCUCCAAUCUUUAAUUAAUAAUAAUUAAUUAAUGAGGAAUAAUUAAUAAUAAUAAUAAUAAUAAUGAUAAUAAUUCAGGAGCUUCCAGGCGUGAGAAUCCAGGCACUUUGAUCCCAAAAAAAUUCCUAAAAAAUUCCUAAAAAGUUCCCAAAAUUUCCUAAAAAAUUUCCUAAAAGUUCCCUUU